UAAACAAAUUCAGGAUUUGAGAACAACUUAAUGAUACAUCUAAUUACGGACAAAAACAAGCACGAUGCAGGCGGAAGAUGCACGUUAUUUAAAAAGGAAAGUGAAGGGUGGAACCAUAGACAUUCAUCCGACAGAGAAAGCUCUUGUUGUAAACUAUGAAUUGGAGGCAACCAUUCUCGGAGAACUUGGAGAUCCAAUGCUGGGAGAAAGAAAGGAAUGUCAAAAAAUUAUAAGAGUAAAGAGCCUGAAUCCAAACAGUGACUUGUCAUCGCUGGCAAAAGAGAUUAUUGACAAGUGUAAACUCAUCCACCCCAGUAAAUUGCCUGAAGUGGAACAGCUGCUGUACUACCUUCAAAACCGCAAGGAAUCUGCACCCACUAAAGCCUCUGGAAAAACCCAACUGCAGGAAAAGCCAGAAGUCCCGACAUAUGAUGCAACAGAGAUAGAUGAGGUGGCAAACAUCAAUGAUGUGGAUGAUUACAUGGAACUGUUGUAUGAAGAUGUCCCGGAAAAAAUCAGAGGCUCUGCUCUCAUUUUACAGUUAGCCAGAAAUCCCGAUAAUCUUGAGGAAUUAUUUCAAAAUGAAACUGUUGUUGGAGCAUUGGCACGAGUGUUGCGAGAGGACUGGAAGAAAAAUACAGAACUGGCCACAAAUAUUGUUUAUAUAUUCUUCUGCUUCUCAAGUUUCACACAGUUUCAUGGAGUUAUUCUUCAUUUCAAAAUUGGAGCAUUAUGUAUGAAUGUUGUGGAACAUGAGCUGAAGAAAUAUGACAUGUGGAAUGAGGAGCUGCAGAGAAAGAGGAAGACUGCUGAGGGAGAAAAAGACAAGAAGACAAAGGAGGACUUGGAAAAAAGCUUACAGAAAUAUGAUGGAUUGGUGAAAAAACAGGAGCAACUUUUACGAGUGGCAUUUUACCUCUUGCUGAACCUGGCAGAGGAUCUGAAAGUGGAGAUGAAGAUGAGAAAUAAAAAUAUUGUAAAGAUGCUGGUGAAAUCAAUGGAGCGUGACAACUUUGAGCUGCUUAUCCUAGUGGUGUCCUUCCUCAAGAAACUUAGCAUCUUCAUAGAAAACAAACAGGAAAUGGCCCAGAUGAACAUCAUGGAGAAGUUUGUGAAGAUUGUCCCCUGUGAACAUGAGGACCUGCUCAACAUCACACUUAGACUGCUCCUAAAUCUUUCCUUUGAUGCUGACCUACGUAGCAAAAUGAUAAAGUUUGGCCUGCUCCCUAAGCUUGUAGGCCUACUGAAUAAUGAGAACCAUCGCCUGAUAGUCCUGUGCAUACUGUAUCAUAUCAGUAUGGAUGACAAAUCCAAGUCUAUGUUUACCUACACUGACUGUAUACCCAUGGUGAUGAAGAUGUUCCUUGAGAGCCCUGAAAACCCUGAUCUGGAACUACUUGCUCUGUGUAUAAACCUGGCUGCCAACAAACGUACUGCCCAGAUCAUCUGUGAGGGCAAUGGUCUAAAGAUGCUGAUGAAACGUGCUUUUAAGUUUAAGGAUCCAUUGCUUAUGAAAAUGAUACGGAAUAUAUCACAGCAUGAUGGACCAACCAAAAACUUAUUUAUUGACUAUAUCAGUGACCUUGCUGAGGCAACCUUGAAUUGUGAUGAUGAUGAGUUUGCACUGGAAGCCCUUGGGAUCCUCGGGAACUUGACCAUUCCUGACCUCGAUUAUGAGUUAAUUUUGCGUGAAUAUGACCUGGUACCAUGGAUCAAAGAUAGGCUUAUGCCAGGAUCUACUGAAGAUGAUAUUGUUCUUCAAGUAAUUAUCCUAGUCGGCACUGUGUGUAAUGAUGAUGCCUGCGCCAAGAUGUUAGCAGAGUCUAAUAUUAUUCAGUGUCUUAUUGAACUUUUGAAUGCAAAACAAGAAGAUGACGAGAUGGUGUGUCAGAUUGUCUAUGUAUUCUACCAGAUGAUUUUCCAUGAGUCAACAAGAGAGGUCAUCAUCAAGGACACUCAGGCCCCAGCCUACCUGAUUGACCUCAUGCAUGACAAAAAUGCAGAGAUUAGAAAAGUUUGUGACAACACCCUGGACAUCAUAGCAGAAUUUGAUGAGGAGUGGGCUAAAAAAAUCCAAUUAGAAAAGUUCCGCUGGCACAAUUCCCAGUGGUUAGAGAUGGUUGAGACGAGACAGAUGGAGGACAUGGCUGACCCAUACAUGUACCCAGAGGAUGAGUAUGACCCCUACCUCCAGGACGCUGACAUCCUUGACCGACCAGACCUUUUCUACGGAGAUGCAUAUGACAAUGGAAUAAUGGAUGGUCAUCUUACACCAGAGUACAUUGAUGAGAAUGGAAUGUAUGAUGGAAAACCAUAUGGUUAUGGGUAUGGUGGUGACGUAGAUGAUGGAUAUGAACCCUAUGCACGACCAGAGUCACAUAUGGGAUUUGUAAUGGAAGGUGGGCAGGCAACAGAUGAAUAUGGGAACCUACUGGACCCAUAUAGUCAGCAAAUGAACAAUUAUGGCCAGCCAAUCAUGGAUGAGUAUGGUCACUAUAUCAGCAAUGGUGCUCAGGAGGAGGAUGACUACAACCAAUACGGCUAUGGCAUGCGAUAGUUCAUAAUGCCUUAAUGAUAUUUUUACUACAGCUACCAUGUCAGUCUACUGGCAACAACACUUGUGUGGCUGGUUCAUUCCAUUAAAGAGGGCCAGCUCCUUUCUACACCUAGAUCCAUUAACUACUGUGAAACAUUGUAAUAUGGUGAUGUCAAAAUGUUCACACAUUGUUAGAUCUUAAUGUAUGUAUUAAUCUAUAUUUGUGGAUAGGGGAGAAAUAAUUUAUAGCAUCUAAUUCAGCAUACUGUGAUACUGAAUGGCAUGAAUAUGAAGAUUUUGCAUAGCUGGUAGUGCUGUAGGCUUGUUGAGCAGAGAAAGGAGUGGUGGGAAACAUUCAGACGGCUGAUUUUGCUGAAGUCCAUCAUUUUUACCUAGACCUUCGUAUGACACCCUUCUUUAUACAAAUUAUUAUGGCAUGCUGCAUUCCUUUGAUAACAAAUCAGUAAGUGUGUUGAUGUCACCUUACAGCAUUGGGUCAAAGGUCACAAUAAUGAAAAUGGUUCCUGGUUUAACUUGAAGCACUCAAAGCAAUAAAGCAAACCUCACGUUAUAUCAUUUGAAGAGAUACCUAAGUACUUGUAUUACAUAUACUGUAAACAACUCGUCAUUGAAGAUUUAGAGAUCAUUUAUUAAACAUGACACAUCAGUUUUGUCUCAUAAUUUAGGAAUAUGUAAACAAUGUUGACAGGCUUUUUCCCAAAAUUUCUAGACUUACAAAGUCCUUUGAUGCGACUUUCAUAACCCAUCGAAGAUGCACUGUAUACAUGCAUUUUUAACAUAAAUUUUGUAAUAUUGACAUUUGUUAGUGCUGUUUUUAUAGAAGAUUUGUUUUGACCUCUGGUUUCCACCAUUACAUAGAUGUUACGUAGUGUAUGUUGUAUUUAUAUAGGUGUUGCUAGGACUUGUCUGAUGUAAAAUUAGGGUAAUGUAAUAUUAGUGUGCUUAACAUCAUUCCACUUGUCUUCUGUUCAUAAUAACACUGUAUAUAUACAUAAAAUAUAAAUACUAGUGUUCUUAUUGGUAAGAUUAUAUAAAAAGAGAUACUGUAAUAAGUUAUUAUGUUUAAAACAAUUAUUUAAUGUUCUAUCUUGCUUUUCUGUACUCCUUCUCAUUUUUCUAUUAGAAUACAUAGUAUAAUGUAUACUGUUGAUGUGUGUGAAACGUUUCCCAAGUGCCACCUAUGUUGUGAUAUAAAUGUGUUGUAACUAUACACAUUCUGUAUGGAUCUCUUUUCUGGGUCCAAAAUUAUACAUAUGAGUUAAUAAUGUAAAGGUUGGGACUUGUUUUAUAUGUUUUAGUGCAUAUACCAAGCAUUGGUAGCAGAAUGAAUGUAUUUUUCCUGGCUGUCAUGAUAUGGACAAUGGUUUGCAUUAUUAAUUUAUCUUCAACGGUAUCUAUUUUUCCUUAAAAUUAGUGAAAUUAGAAACCUUGAUAAAUAACACCCUUCACCAUAAUGUACAGCUGUGUUUGUCUGGACGCCUAUGUAAUGUGUGCUUGUCUGACAAAGAUAUCUUCCUAAAACAUCACAAUCACAAAGUUAAUAAACUAAAGUAUUGUAGACUUGCAUUUAACAUGUGAAACAAAGUUUUUUUAGGUGUAAAUGAACUGCUCUAAAACUGAGUAUAACAUAUGGCUAAUUUUCUUGGUAAUGAUGAAUAGCUUAAAAGUGUGAACACAGUGAUCUGAUUCUAAUAUUGACAGUCGCUUGUUUUACCUGUUGCCUUCGUCUACUUAUCUCUAUACACACCAUCGUUAUUCAGAGAGGUUGCAUUGUUGUACAAUUGAUUACACCAAUUGAUACUGAAUAUUAUGAAUACACUUUUUGCAUAUUUAACUGCAAAUUAAAUAACUAUAGUAAUAAAUAAACUCACUGGAGCAUGAGCAUAGAUGUCUCCUUGGACAGUGUGUCUGCAGAUUGAAUCGUGGUAUGUUAGUGUCAUAUAUGUUUUGCUGUAUUUUUCUAUGUUUUUUCUUUCAGUUCCGUCCACUGAGAAACAAAAUUUGUUUUAUAUGUUGAUCUUUUAAUCUCAUUUUAAUGAGUAUUUACUAUUUGCUGUGAUUGUGUCCCUUAUUUCAGUAUUUAUCACUCCAUAUGUGCUGUCUUUUGUAAUACUAGUACAGUACCAUUUGUUCCAUAAUCAAAUAUUAUGAAUCAAUGUGUUUUCAUAUUUAUUUUAAAUCAUUAAUUUAUAACUAUUUUUAAGUGUUUUGGUGUACAAUAUGCAGAAAAAAACCUUGCUCACCAAAUCUGAAAAUUUAACAAUAUAUACACAUCAGUACAAUCCAUGAUCUGUUUUCUGUGAAAUCUAUCAGAAAUUGGCAUUAAAUUCAGCACAUGUUAUUAAGUUCCAGAUCUUGUUGACUCAGUGGAAUCAAAGGUAUUGAAAUUUGACAAUACUUGUCAAUCUUUUCCCUUGUGUAUGGGUACAAGGCCUACAUGGUUUACGAAUCCGUAAAUCUCUACUGCACUGGUGGACUUAAUAAUAAGAUGGGACAGUACAUUAGUCUUUGAUUUAUGUUAUUUUAGUUGUUGAUAUACAAAUUUAUUUCCAAAUGCAAUAACACUUUAAAAAAAAGAAAGGUUUACUCCUUGUAUUGGUUGUGGAGUACGUAAGCUUUUUGUGUGUGUGAAAAGCAAGCUUUAUGGGUGUAAGGUGAACAUUGUGACUGCUGUGAUUUGUCCCUGGUACGAAACUGACUACAGUCCUGUUAGUCAAAUAAGUGACAAUAUUUUGAAGCAGACAGACUUGUUGCUGAUACGUGCACUGAUAAACAUAUAAAUGAAUGUGCCAGUCACUUGUAAAAUGUUUAUGUCACUGAUAGAUGAAUGAUAUAUGCAGGAGAGAUGGUGAUACUGAUUUUGCAUUUGAUUUAGACAGAUUUGUGCCUAGAUCUGUUUUUCACUUAAUAAACAUUGAUUACAUGACCAACAAAA